GCAAAGGCACCCAGCCCUUUCUCUGGGCUUCGAUACAGAGGCCGCGGCCGCCCGAGCGGCUCCGUGCCGGCCCGGCUGAGCGCACCCACAGCAGCCGUGACUCCUUCCGCCGGGACUGCCUCUUUCCGGCCAUGGCGGCGGUAAAGAUUGGAAUUAUAGGUGGAACUGGUCUGGAUGAUCCUGACCUCUUAGAAGGAAGAACAGAAAAAUACAUUGAGACUCCGUAUGGCAAGCCAUCAGAUGCUUUGAUAUUGGGGAAGAUAAAAAAUGUUGACUGUGUGCUUCUGGCAAGGCAUGGAAGACAUCAUACCAUCAUGCCAUCAAAUGUUAACUUCCGUGCCAACAUCUGGGCACUGAAGGAAGAGGCUUGCACUCACCUUAUAGUUACUACUGCCUGUGGUUCAUUAAGAGAGGAAAUACAGCCUGGUGAUAUUAUAAUAAUUGAUCAGUUCAUUGACAGGACAACCAAAAGACAUCAAACUUUUUAUGAUGGGCAGUAUUGUGGUCUUUCAGGAGUAUGUCAUAUUCCAAUGAAUGAACCAUUCUGUACCAAAACCAGAGAGGUUCUUAUAGAGAUUGCUAAGAAGAUUGGCCUCAAAUGCCACUCAAAGGGGACAAUGAUUACUGUUGAAGGCCCACGUUUCAGUUCUCGGGCAGAAAGCAUGAUGUUUCGCAGCUGGGGAGCUGAUGUUGUUAACAUGACUACGGUUCCUGAAGUGACUCUUGCAAAAGAAGCUGGGAUCUGCUAUGCAAGCAUUGCUAUGGCAACAGAUUAUGACUGCUGGAAGGAGCACGAAGAAGCAGUUUCCGUAGAUAAGGUUUUAAAGAUGCUGAAAGAGAAUGCAAAUAAGGCAACCAGCAUACUGCUUACUGCUAUACCUCAAAUAGGCGCCAUGGAUUGGACAGGAACUCUGCACAAUCUGAAAGGUACUGUGCAGUGCUCAGUCAUGUUACCAAAGCAUUGAAAGCCUGGCUAGGCUCCCACGUUUGGAUGCUUGCAAGUAGAAGAUCCAUUCUCCAACUGAUUAGUAAAAUGAAGAUUUUUAAAAAGCUAAAACUAGAGUUGUUAGUUGCUUUGCUAUCUUCUCCCCUCUCCCCCCCACUAAGAGAAGAAUAUUUUUUUAAUUCAGAAAUGUCUUGAAGGAAUACAGGUUGCUUUCAGUAAAAUUAUUGUAUUGUUUUUAUAUUAACAUGUUAACUUUUCUAUAUUUUCUUUAUAUUUCACCAUUGUAUGAAUUUUGUUCAUUCUAAGCCCAGUACGAUAAACUGUUUACACUUUCAUUAGUCUCACAGAAUUUUAUUUCAUUAUACCAUUAUUUGAAUAUCAAUUAUUCCUAUGAACAUGGUACAAUUUUUUUAUAUUCCUGUCAUAAAUACAGUACUGUAUAUUUUUAUAUAUUACCAUUGUUUAAAUGUUUAUUAGUCCAUCAUCAAUAUGGUACUAUAAGUAUACUUUACCCUUACAGUUUUGCCUUCUCAUUAAUAUGCUACUGUGAGUUACUUUUUUCAGUAUUCUCUGAUGAAAAUAUGCUUUCCAUAUAGCUGAAAAAACAUUUCCAAUUUUACAGCCAAAAUCUUGGACCCAUAAAUAAUUGUCCUAUUCUGCAGCAAUUAAUCAUUCUAAAAAUAAGUGUUACUAUUUUAAACAUUUACCUGAUAGCAUGAGCAAAUUGUGAGACCAGUACCUGGAUUGCACUUGAUUGCUUAUAAAUAUUCAUGUCUGAACAUAACUCCUGCAAAAUUGAAAUCUUGGUUUGAAGCACCUUUAAAAAAUUAGAUGCCUGAAAUGUUAGAAAAUUUCUCAAUUUUAGCCUCAGCUGCUUGAGUUCUGGAAAAAAUGAUUCACAUUUAGGAUUUAAUGCCAGAUACUUUAUGGUUACUGGAAAUACUCAUUUCUUUCUUUUUUCUUUGUGGAGGUGGAGCAGAGGAGGCUGAGGGCUAUCCUAGGCCCUGACUGGCUGACUAAAACUGAAGUUAUUGACUAAAACUGACUGAAUAAAACUGAAGUGACAAAGAGGAACAUGUGUUGACUUGAUGCUACCACCAAAGUUUUGAACAUGUUUCUCUACUAUUUAUCUAAAAAAAAAUCUGCUUUUUAAAGUUCCAUUCUGAUAUACAACUCUUAAAGUGAUGCAUAAAUUCAUGAUGUUGCUUGACUAAUGUAUGUAUUCAUGUAGUUUUCAUCUUCUAGACCAGGGGUGGGCAAAAUAUGGCCUGCAAGCCAGAUCUAGGCUGUCAACAGAUUUGAUCUGGCCUGCAGGUGGAAAGCUGUCAACUUAUUAGAUCUGGCCUGUGGGUGGCUAGCAGCUCUGGCCACUGCAUGGUGCUGGGCAGGUGGGCAGGACUGCUUCCACCCAGCAGCAUCAGCCCUCAAUACAGCAACAUCAGCUGUGGACCUAGCAGUACUUCCAUUGCAGUGGGUGGGUGGUGAUGUCAGAGCCCCAAUGCAGAACUUGCCAGUGGCAUCCACAACUGAUGCUGCCACCCUCCCAGCACAGUGAAAGCUCCUGCCCAGUGCCCCCACCCAGAACCUGCUGUAGACCCAGACAGAAGCUGCUGCCACAUGGGGUGAGCAUCAGCAUCAGCUAUGACAUUGCCAGCAGGUUCUGUGUCAGGGCACUAGAACCUGCUGGGUGGGCCCACAGCUGAUGCCACUUCCCAUGUGCUGCUGCAGAAGUCCCCAGUUGGGUCCACAGCUGAGCUUCAGGGCUCCUGGCAAACUACAGUCCAGCUGGGUUCUGGAGGGAUGGAGGAAGAGGGAGAGAGAGAUGGGGAGAGAGAGAGAGCAAGAGACAGGAGAGGAGAGAGAGAUGGAUGUGGCCCUUGACAAAUCCCCAAAACUCAUUAAGUGGCCUUCCAGCUGAAAUAAUUGCCCACCCCUGUUCUAGACUCUAUGGAAUGUAAUUUGCUUACAAAAAGAAUCUGCUGCUUCUUGCCUAAUAAAUAAACCAAAUAUAAAUCCUCCA